GACACUCCAGUUUGAGAAAGCACAGUGAAGAGGGAGGAGGACCUCGCUGCAGCACAGAACAGUAGGUUUGUGUGUGUGUGUUAUAUCAGAACGCUGAAGAGCUCCUUCAGACCUGCGACACCGCUUUGUGAAGCUCUGUUAAUAUGGUUUGGUCCCAGGAGAGGGAAGAGGUGCAGCGGCCCCCGCUGUCAGUCAUCCUACCGCAGCUCUACCUGGGAGCAGAGAGCGACGUGACGCAGGACCAGUUGGCCUCUCUGGGUAUCUCCUAUGUGCUGAGUGUGAGCCGCUGUAGCCCCCAGCCCUCCUUCCUGCCUGGCUCCAGGUAUCUUCGCAUCCCUAUUGAUGACUCUCUUAGAGAUGAACUGCUGCCCUGGAUCCCACGGGCACUGCAUUUCAUUGAUAUAGCCAUGUCCUCGGGCGCUUCAGUGCUGGUGCACUGUGCAGCAGGAAUCUCUCGCUCCCCAGCUCUGGCUGUAGCCUACAUCAUGUACAGCCUGGAAAUGGAUCUUGACCAUGCUUACAGGUUUGUGAAAGAGCGCCGGCCCUCCAUUUCCCCAAACUUCAACUUCCUGGGUCAGCUGCAGCACUUGCAGGGUGCUCUGAGCCAGAAGUCAUGUGGCCACGACCUCCUUAUCCAGCAGCUGGCCAGCUGUUUGCCAUCUGUUAAUGACAGCGUUAAUGAGUCUGUCAGCAGCAGCUGUCAGGCUGAGCGUGUCGCUGCAGACUCAGCACACCACAAAGACCAAACACAGCAGAGACACUCGCUGUCAGACAGCAGUGAACACAAGCAGCAGAAGCUUUGGACUCUCCAUUAUAACCAGCAGGCUGUCCAGAAACCACCUGAAGUUCCAGUUUCAGGUCCCUGUAAGCCCAGCAAACCAGGACCAAAGGCCACCCAACUACCACUGCCAUCAGGAACGGCUUCUCUUUUAGAAAAACGGAAAAGCCUCACCCUCUCUCUGACCCCUUUGGGAACAUGCCCUUCCUCCACAGCAAACCGCAGCCAACAAGAAACAACGGAUCAGAGCAGGAAGACCGAGGAGAGACCUGAGGCGGAGACACGGAGCUACCCCGGCUCUUACAGGCAGGCAGGGGACAGCCACAGGAAGCAGAGUGUCUCUGGCAGCAAGAACAGCAGGGCUGGGGUGAAGGAACAGGGCCUGCUCUCACCUUUCAGCUUCACUCUCAACAAGCUGCUGGGCUGGGGAGAAAAGGUGCUGCUGGGAGGGGUUUUUGUCCACCCUGUGCAGAUGGGACAGCCCGCACUACCGUACAGGUGCUGAGUAGGAGGUGGGAGAAGGUGGUCUCUGCCCAUGUUUGUCAGAACAAACCAAACUAUACGUGAGACGUACAUCUAUAAUGAAAGAACCUAUGUCUUCUAUUUAUUUAUUUAUUGCAGAGUUAAAUGAAGAAAUGAACUUGACAAUAAAGUCCAGAGCGACAGCAUCCUGGUGAUCAGCAGUGAUCCGCUCCUCUGUCAUUUGUAAAUGUAGCAGUUUUGAAAGGCUUUUGUGCCAGUGGUUUGAAAUGUGUUUACUGAUUAAAGGUGACAUUGUAACCAUG